GGGCAAUUGACGCGUCUUCAGAAGCUGGGAAAGGUCGGUGCCGGUGCGAUCACCCAGAUUAUUUUGGGCGGAUUGAACCGCUUCCCCCCCCCCCCACCAACAUGGCUCUGUGCACUGACCACCUCCAGCUGCAAUCAGCAGCCAUAUGCACCUACCGGGGGCCUAUUGUUGAGACAUCAGCCAUGCACGCAGCUAGCUGCUUGUGACGCAAAGCAUUCAUUUCACAUUCAGUUGUUGAAUAUGUAUUCUCUCUCCGGCAUUCAUCAUCAUGAAAGUCUGCAAGGGUAAUGAAGGUCUACAAGUGUAUCAUCGUACACACAUAAGGGCAUGGUCUCCAAAGUGGUGCGAGAUGCUUCCCUCUUCCUGCAGCAUGGAUCCAAUCCACAGCCGUCCGUCUUCCACCUCAGGGGCUCCGAACUUGACCACCACACAACCCCGUACGUUGGCGGCCGACCACAACAGCUUGCUGUUAUUUUCCAUCACGAGUCUCUCGGCCCUCCAUUUUUCUCGCGGAGUUGCCUGAGCUAACGCUGCUGCCUGCUUAGCAGCAUCGCUUCGGAAAUCACGAGCCCCAAGUCUCGGGAGAGCAGCGAACUCGGCCAGGAAGAAGUCUCCCAACGACUUCAUCAGUGGCCCCCUGAGCAGCAGUGUCCCCACGAUACCCACGCCGUGCAUCGAGUCUCGCAGCUUGGCCAGUUCCGGGUGAGACCUGUUGCUGUCCAGGAUCACGGCAUCUCUGACAAGCAACCUUUCUCUCGAAUCCGUCUUUCCGUCUUCCUGAGCAGCAGGGAUAGUCCAUAUCUCAUUGCGCCCAACCCAUCGCACAAAACUCCAGUUCUCUCCUCGCGCAGUGCGACCCCGCGUGACCCAGUCGAGAAGACAUAUCGAGGCGUCCUCCUCAAGCCGAAAUAUCUGUGUUUGCUCAUACACACUCCCCGCGAAUGGCUGCACCGGAUCGGGCAAGAGGCAGAGUGCGCCUUCGGACGCAAUGUGGACAUGCAUGUCCUGUCGCGUGACGAUGUCGGGGGAGGUGGACGUGAAGACCUUGGUGUGGCCUUGUGUGACGAUGGUCAGCUUGGCCUUGGCUCGCACGUCGACCUUAAGAUUGACCUUGUCGCCAGCCACCAGUCCGCCGCCAUAGGAGAGUAGGAAGACCAGCACGCUCUCAUCUUCGGACGGUCGUGAAGGUGAGAUGAGUUUGAGAGGGUACUGGUAGGUGAAGGUCUCAAGGCCGGAGAUGCCCUCGGGUAGGAGCUUUGCGACGAGGUGGCCCUGCCCCGGAACGGACGUAGAUUUGGGAAAUGUGUAGGGUGGAUGGGGUGCCAAGAGGGGAGGGUUGGCUAUGAGCCACUCUCAGAUGACCCUUAUCUGUUUAUCGCCGCCCAGGAACGGCCCCUGCCCCGCGCUCAGACAGGGGAGCCUGUAUCGUCCCCCACCUUGGCGUUGCUUGCGAUGCAGGCGCCCCCGGUCAAAAAAGUUUGGUGGGGACAGUCAGAAUUCAGAACUUAUGCCAUCCAUGCUUCCCUUCCGCAUCUUCACACUUGCAACCUGCGAAAAACCAACGCACCCGAUUCAACUGACAGCUGCUCAUUGUCUUGUCAACUCGCACCUACCACACCGAGUACCAGCAACCACUCCAGACCGUUCUUUUCAGCACGCGUGACUUCUGGCAGCCAUGCCCCCCAAAACCGCCCCCAGAGGGCGUGGUCGAGGUAGAGGAGGUACCGCCCGCGGCGGCUCUGCCUCUGCCCCGGUCGCCGGCGAUGGUUCCGCUGAGCCGGCUAUUGCUGUGGUCAAAUCCGAGACAGACACACCAGCAUCAGCUUCGACGUCCACAUCAGCCCCCCCCCCGGGCCGGUCAGCAACUGCGACACCCGCUGGUACCAGAGUACCUCCAAAGUUCAAACCAAAGAAUGUCCGUCGUAGCUCAGCAGAUCGUGAGAGACUUGCCCGCGAACUCGGCCAAAUCAGCAAGGCUAAGGACGAGGCCGAGGAGAAGCGAAAGGCUCGUUUAGCCAAGGCCAACGUACGAGGCCGUGGCCGUGGUGGCGGUUUCCGUGGUGGCGCUCGAGGCACAGUUGCACUCGGUCCUCUUGCUGGUGGAGGAGCAUUCGGCGGCGGCGGCUCCUCAGGCGGUGGUCGCUUUGGUAGGGCUGAUUACAUCAAGAACGAGGCCGGCGGUCUCUUCGGCAGUGACGGCAGAGUCAACGCGGAUCUAUUGCACGACUAUGUCCAAGAUUACGAUGACGACAACAAAGACCGGCCCCUUAUGCCUAUGGGUAUCCGACGUGUGCAGCCAAAGUCUCAGGAGGACAGCACCGAGGACAAUGCAGACGAAGAGGAGGAUUCCGAUGAGGAGGGCCUCUUUGUGAAUGACAAGGAGCGGGCUGCGAAGGAUAGGCUUGCUGCCAAACAAGCCGCCAAGGUAAAAACUGAGGGCGGUGGCCAGGAUGUUGAUAUGGACAGCAUUCCCCCUCGCUAUGGGGAAGCCGACACAGCCGGCUACGAAGAUAUGUUACUGGUGGAUACGAGCCAGAAGCUCCAAAUCAGCAGCGGAAAAGCUGAGGAACUGCGGAGACAGCGCCGCCUCUUUUCGGAACCGUUGGACGACCGCGCGUUUAUCUUUCAGUUCCCCGUCAGACCACCGCUUUACGUCGUCAAAGAUGACGGCUCGCUCGCCAAGACUGAGGGCGACGACGAGGUGGUCACGCUGGACGGUCAGCAACAGGGCAAUGCUCCCGUCGAUCUGACUACCGGGGUUAAGGAGGAGGAGGUAGCAGAGGAGGAGAGCAAGGAGGAAGAGGAAAAGCCAGUGGUGCCGCAGGCGGGAUAUCUGGGCAAGCUCAUCGUGCGAAAGUCAGGAAAGGUUGAGAUUGACUGGGGGGGCUAUCCCAUGGACUCGGGCACUGGUGUUGCGCCCAGACAUUUGUCGACGGCUGUUUUGCUUGAGAUGGAGGAUGCCAAACCGGGCGAGCCGCCCAGAGGGUUUGCCUACUCGAUGGGCCGUGUCGAAGCGGUCUUUUCUUCUGUUCUUAGGACCAGUGAUAUGGAGCCGUGGGUGGUGGAUGGGCAGGUUCCUGGUGCUGCUGGGAGCGCUUGAUUAGAUGGAAAGGCAGAUGGGAAUAAAAGUAUUGAUACCCUGUAGAGAUUUAGUCGUCCACUGUGUUGAAAAAGAGAGGACUUUUCCAUGCAAGUCGCGA